GGAGACUUUCUGUGACGUUGUCGGAACUGGUUCCUCACAUAAAAGCCGUUUUAUAUAAAAUUUAAAAGUGCACAACUUAAACAAAGAAAGCCAGUCUUUUUCUUUUUUAAGGAAGUACAAAUAAACAGUUCCAAUUCAACUGGAUUUUUACUUCACUUUAUUACAGUGUAGAGACUAGAGAGCAAAGUAGAUUUUUUUUUUUUGAGGAAUAUUUUUUGUGUUAUUAUAAUUUAUAUAGAAACAAAAGAGAGUAUAUACUAUAUACCCGAAGGCCAAAAGCUUACAAGAAGCCCUUUUUUUUUCUUUGCUUCAUGAUCUAACCUCCAAUCUUUCUCUCAGUUACUCUAAAGAAAACAAAAGUUUUUUUUCCCUUGUUUUUGUUUUGUAGUUGAUCUCUUUCUUUUACUUCUUGAUGUUCUCUUUUUGAUGUCUAAGCCCAUAGAGCAUGAUUACAUAGGCUUGUCAGAGCCGCAGCUUCCUUCAAUGGAGAAAAGCUCUGAUACUAAUAACAAAAAGAAUGCUUUACACUUAAAAGCUACUGAGUUGAGACUUGGGUUACCCGGGUCCGAGUCACCAGAGUGGGAUGAUCAUGACCAUAACGUGCUUUCACUGAAGACUUUUGUUUCAGGGGCAAAAAGGGGUUUUUCUGAUGCACUCGAUGGUGGCGGCAAAUGGGUUUUUUCUGGGGGGAGUGGAGGAGGAUCUGAAGGUUUGUUUUCUCCUAGAAGUAGCGGUAACAAUAAUGGAGGAAAGGGUCUUUCCGGGUCGGAUUCAGGUUUGGGUGGUCCGGUUUUGAAGGAUGGAGCAACUCAGAAGCCAGUGGUGGUUCAGGAGAAGAAGCCUCAGGCUGCUAGUGGUGCGGGUCAUGGGAAUGGGAAUAUUGCCCCUGCGUCAAAGGCGCAAGUAGUUGGAUGGCCACCAAUUCGCUCUUUCAGGAAGAAUACAAUGGCUUCUCAUCCUCCAAAGAAGGAUGAUGAUGCCGAAGCGAAGUUGGGAUCAGGAUGUCUGUAUGUCAAAGUUCGUAUGGAUGGUGCUCCAUACCUGAGGAAAGUUGAUCUCAAAAUCUAUGGCAGCUAUAAAGAACUCUCCUCGGCACUUGAAAAGAUGUUCAGCUGCUUCACGAUUGGUCAGUGUGGUUCUCAUGGAGCUCCUAGCAGGGAUGGGUUGAGUGAGAGUCGAUUAAUUGAUCUCCUGCAUGGCUCUGAAUAUGUACUCACGUAUGAAGAUAAAGAUGGUGACUGGAUGCUGGUCGGUGAUGUUCCCUGGGAGAUGUUUACUGACUCUUGUAAGAGGUUGAGGAUCAUGAAGAGCUCAGAGGCUAUCGGUCUAGCCCCUAGGGCUAUGGAGAAGUGCAAAAAUUGUACCUAGACGAUUUGAUGUUGCUAUAGGUACAGAGGAGAAGAUGGAAGUUGCUACCAUCUGAAUGUUAAAAGCUUUUUACUGUUCCCAAAACUGCGUUUUCUGUUUCCUGCUAAAUAUGUUUCUAAGCAUUGAAGACUUAUGUACUUUAUAAGAGCUUAGAUAAAAAAAAA